CCUGGAGUUUUUAGUUUCAACAUUGACAUUAUUACAGGUGACAUGAAGCGCAGAUUUCAUGGCAAGACUGACAUGCCUUGGGAUAACUUCAAAAGUCACAUUCUUGCAUACCUCGAUGCUCCUGAAGAAGUCCAGCUUGUGUAUAAGUUCAUGGGUGAUAACGGUAAAGCUUCUCACCUAAAUGAUGCAGAAGCAUUCAGUAUCGCUAUGGAUUGA